AUGGCACCUAUGCAUAGUCAACAAAGGUGGGGAGAGCCUUCUAGUCAAAUCCCAAGAACCUCCUUGUUUAGCCAAUUGAACAACGGUCAAUCGAGCUCCGGUGGUGCAAGUCAAGAUCGUGUGAUCACCUCUAGGACUUUGACUCCACAAGAAUCAGGAAAGGCGUCGAUGCAGCAAGUUUAUGUGCCUAAGAAGGUUGAAACUCCUGUUGUUCCCCCACCAAGAGCUAGGCCUCAAUCGGUAAUCACAAUCGGCUCCAUGGAAACUCCUAUCACUAAUCAUGAUGGGCCAAUUGUAAUUGAAGAUUCUCCAGCACCUAAACAAAAUGAAGCUCCUAAAGAAGUUGCUAGAGUUGAGGAAAAGAAACACGUCGAAGGAGAUUCCAAGUACUGA